UUAUGCAUACACGAUUUUAGUGGUAAGAUGAUGUGCACUUCGUUUCGAGGUUGCACUGUCAAAGAACCGCAUGAUCUGAUCGCGGAGCUGAAACCCGCUCAUCACCCGCGUCUGUACGGCUCCGCCGGCUGCGAGACAUGGAGCGUCCGCUUCUCCCCGGACGGAUCUUCUUUUGCCUGGUCGAUGGGAUACGGCAUCGUCAAACUGCUCUCCUGGCCGCUGACAUCCGAAGAUAGUGCCGAAGCUGUAUGCAUUGAAGAGAAGACACUUAACUGCAGGCAGACGGUGUGGGCACUGGCGUUUGGUCCCUGCCUGUCUACCCAAGUGGAUGCUUCACAUCAAAACGGACAUUAUCAUGAGCUACUGCUGGCCAUUGGUCUGAACAACGGCGUGAUCCAAGUGUGGGUCGUCUCAACUGGAAAUCUGCGGUUUACUCUAACCGGACAUCAGGCUCCUGUCAGGGAUUUAGUCUUCACUCCAAAUGGAAGUCUCACGCUUGUAUCGGCCUCCCGAGAUAAAACUUUAAGGAUAUGGGACUUGGCGAAGAAAGGCACCAGUCCCCAUGUGCUGCGGGGUCCAAACUGCUGGGUCUUCAGAUGUUCCAUAUCACCUGACAGCAGUGUGAUCACCUCUAUUUGCAGCCAUGACUCUACGAGAUGGCUUUUUCACUCGCGUUCGGGCCCCCUCUCCCUCGUCAGGCCCUUAGAAUCGAUGUUAAUUGAUGGACUGGCGUCGUGUGGAUUACUCGGAAACUGUGAGCUGUGUGCUUACAGAAGUGACAGUCUACUGACAUCUCUUAGCUUCUCUCCGGUUGGUCUGCUGCUGGCUUUCAAAGACUACAGGGCGUUACGGAUCUGUGAUAUGGAACAAGAUAAACUAGUCGCAGACACUGAUCACAACCGAGCCAGUGGCGUGUGCUGUGCUUUCCAUCCACAUGGGGGCGUCAUUGCUACAGGGUGCAGAGAUGGACAUGUAAAAUUCUGGAGAGUUCCUCAUCUCGUUCCGAGCCUUAAGCAUCUGUGCCGGAUCGCCCUGAGAUUCUCCAUUUCAACCUAUCAGGUGGAGGCUCUUCCCUUGCCGAAAAAAAUCCUGGAAUACCUUACUUACAGGGACGUUCCAAAGCAAAAGAUCGUAUAUUGUGAAGAACACUGCAGAUGAAAAUAAGUAAUGUUUGUGGGUCAAACUUUGCUUUAAAUGUUGCAUAAUUUUCUAGGAUGCCUAAUUCCCCCAGACGGUUAUGCUUUCAAAACAAAGACUUGAAAUAUUUAUUUAAAGAC